CUUUGCCUCGUAUGCUUCAGCAAAAUGCUUUUGCUUUGCAAGGGGCGCCGAGUGACCCUUGUGUGUCGGUCCAGCGGUUAAUCAAUAAAACAACAUUGUUUGGACCCAAAGGUCAUCCCACAGGGCGACCUAAGCAGUUUCUGUUCCAAAGCCGGGCCUGAAGCCUGAUUGAAAUGGAUCUAGAUAGUCCGUUUCCUUCAAGAGUGUCUGGAGCUGGUCAGCCAUGGGAUGCUCAACCACCUUGCCCAGGAAGGGAAUAUUGGCCACAGGUGACAGUUCGGAGAGGAAGAGUUGGGCAGGGGGAACACAGCGGAGGAUUGUUGGGAGACAAAGAACUUGAGCAAAAUGGAAAGACAGGAAUGGAUCCUCUGCUCUUCAGCUUAGAAUCCAACAAAUAAUGCAGAAAGAAAGAGCUUUUCCUAUGUGCACUCUGCACAGGGAAAGCUUAUGAUCUGAACCAAGCUUUCAACCUCAGGGAGAAAUGCAUGUAGGGGGGGAAACAUAUAAAUGUUUGGAGUGUGGAAAGAACUUCUGCACAAAUAGAGCCCUUACUAGACAUCAUAGAACCCAUACUGGGGAGAAACCACAUGAAUGUUUGGAGUGUGGAAAGAGCUUCAGGCAGAGUGGAGAUCUGAAUAUACACUAUAGAACCCACACUGGGGAGAAGCCACAUAAAUGCUUGGAGUGUGGAAAGAGCUUCAGGCAGAGUGGAGCUCUUACUAUCCAUCAGAGAACCCACACUGGGGAGAGACCACAUAGAUGCUUGGAGUGUGGAAUGAGCUUCAGUCAGAGUGGACAUCUUAAUAAACACCGUAGAACCCACACUGGGGAGAAACCACACAAAUGCUUGGAGUGUGGAAAGACCUUCAGCCAGAAUGCAUCUCUUACUAUACACUAUAGAACCCACACUGGGGAGAAACCACAUAAAUGCUUGGAGUGUGGAAUGAGCUUCAGCCAAAGUGGAGAACUGAAUAAGCACCAUAGAACUCACACUGGGGAGAAACCACAUAAAUGCUUGGAGUGUGGAAAGAGCUUCAGCCAGAGUGGAGGUCUGAAUAAACACUAUAGAACCCACACUGGGGAGAAACCAUAUGAAUGCUUGGAGUGUGGAAAGAGCUUCAGCACACGCGGAGAUCUGAAUAUACACCAUAGAACCCAUACUGGGGAGAAACCAUAUGAAUGUUUGGAGUGUGGAAAGAGCUUCAGCACAAGUGGACGUCUAAAUAAACACCAUAGGACCCACACUGGGGAGAAACCAUAUGAAUGCUUGGAGUGUGGAAAAAGCUUCAGCCAGAGUGGACAGCUUACUGUACACCAUAGAACCCACACUGGGGAGAAACCAUAUGAAUGCUUGGAGUGUGGAAAGAGCUUCAACACAAGUGGAGAUCUGAAUAUACACCAUAGAACCCACACUGGGGAGAAGCCACAUAAAUGCUUGGAGUGUGGAAAGAGCUUUAGCCAGAGUGGAGCUCUUACUAUACAUCAGAGAACUCACACUGGGGAGAAACCAUAUAGAUGCUUGGAGUGUGGAAAGAGCUUCAGCAUGAGUGGUGCUCUUAUUUCACACCAAAGAACCCACACUGGGGAGAAACCACAUAAAUGUUUGGAGUGUGGAAUGAACUUCAGCCGAAGUGGAGCUCUUACUGCACACCAUAGAACCCAUACUGGGGAGAAACCAUAUGAAUGUUUGGAGUGUGGGAAGAACUUCAGCACGAGUGGACAUCUGAAUAAACACCAUAGAACUCAUACUGGGGAAAAGCCAUAUGAAUGCUUGGAGUGUGGAAAAGGCUUCAGCCAGAGUUGGCAGCUUACUGUACACCAUAGAACCCAUACUGGGGAGAAACCAUAUGAAUGCUUGGAGUGUGGAAAGAGCUUCAGCCAAAGUGAACAUCUUGCUAUACAUCAUAGAACCCACACUGGGGAGAAGCCACAUAAAUGUUUGGCGUGUGGAAAGAGCUUCAGUCAGAGUGGAACUCUUAUUAUACAUCAGAGAACUCACACUGGGGAGAAACCAUAUAGAUGCUUGGAGUGUGGAAAGAGCUUCAGCACGAGUGGCUCUCUUAUAUCACACCAAAGAACCCACACUGGGGAGAAACCACAUAAAUGUUUGGAGUGUGGAAUGAACUUCAGCCGUAGUGGAGCUCUUACUGUACACCAUGGAACCCAUACUGGGGAGAAAUCACAUAAAUGCUUGCAAUGUGGAAAGAGCUUCAGCAUUAGUGGAAACCUUACUAGACAUCUUAGAACAUGUUGGAGUUGCAGUAGCAUUGACUCUUUGCAGCUUCUGUCUUAUUGACCACUACACACAUUAGGAGUGGAGAUAGUAAGUGCAGGACUUCUCCUUUGAGUUCUUGGCUAUCCUGACUGAUAUUCAUAGGUAGCGAGCAUGAAUUGUCUUAUUUGCUAAGCAGGGGCCACUCUGGUUUGCAUUUGAAUGGAAGAUAAGACAUAAUGCUGUAGUGACCAGCCUCCCCACCCUCUAAAGAGUUAACAGGAAGUUAACUUGACUGACAGGCUGGUGAACUCCAAGGCUCAACCAGUCAGCACACCAGGUGGGUGGGACUGUCACAAGCCUGCCAACCUGAAUUAACUGAUCCUAAAUCUCAACACAGUAGCCAGUUGUAAAUGCAUCUCAGAUUUCAGCUUUACUGAAGAACAAUCAGUCCAGACAAACAGGCAGUCCCAGAAUACAAAAUAAGUAGUCCAUGCCCAACAAUUCCCCUCAACACUAAUAAGCCAGACUUUUUUGUGGAGUUUCAGGAGGCUAGCUUUCAAAGUCACGAUUUUUCAGACCAAGGUCAUCCAGGCUGAUUAGACACAUCGUCUCCAGCAGUCUGCUCAAAGCACAAGCUGCAGAAUUUAUAGCCAACAGCUAGGUACACCCAAUCACCACCCCUGGCAGCUGCCACAGAUUCAGUCAGUCUCUUGCUGCCUUCUUGCUAAUAACUGGCUACUUCUCAACUCCAUCACCUGUCAGUGAUGCUUCUCUCACCUUCGUUGUCUGGGAGACAAUGAUUGUUCAAUCUCCUGCUCAGACUGCAACCCUUCUCUCCAGAGUCCAUUCUGCCUCAUUGGCUCCUCCCUCAGCAGCCUCUCACCCUGACACAUCUCAGAUGCCUCUCUGCUCAGAUCACCUACCUGACCCUCAGACAUCUCCCUGUUUCCCGGUAUAUCUACUGCCCUCUUCCGAGUCCGCAGGUGGGGGCAUGACAGGGACCUAGAGAGCUGUUGCUGGAAUUUCUGGGAACAAGAAGUAGGAAAUCUGUGCUGGAAGCAUGAAAGGAUGACAUGCUAUAAUGGAGUCUGCUGCAUUAGGCUGAGGCUGUAGAUUCUUGGAAGAUAGUCUUGCAGGGGCUUGAUUCUCAUCAGGAGUUUGGUGAGUUCAAAGAGAAGAAGCCAGGACUUUUGGCUUUGGGAGUUUCAGCAUAGGGAACAGUUUGUUUAGUCAGACUGUGUGUCAGGAAUUUAUUUUGCUUGUGUGUGUGUGUGCUUUGCAUUGUCCUAAAUAUCUUUUCUUUGCAACAGAGUAACUAAGAUUUUGAAGAAUGCUGCCUUAGAGCCAGCAAGGUGUAUUGAAGCAUUUCUGUAAUCAUCUUAAAUAUUCUAAAGUGUAUCUAAAAAGCUUAAAGCCUCA